GGCCCAUUUCAGCGGUGGAGGCGGCAGGCGGCGGGAGCGGUGCCAUGGCCGGGCGGGCGGUGUGGGCCGCGUUUCUCGUGUUGUUGGCGGCGCUGCCCGCGGCGGUUCGGGCGGACACGCCAGCCAACUGCUCCUUCGCCGAUCUGCUGGGAGCCUGGGAGCUCCGCGUCUGGCGGAGCGGCGGCCGCCACGGCAACUGCUCCCUGGCCGGUCCUGUGGAAAGAAAGGUGCUUGUGAAUCUUCAGAAGUUAGAUGUAGCUCAGGACAAUCUGGGCAACUAUGGUUUCUUCACACUGAUUUACAAUCAAGGCUUUGAAAUUGUGAUAAAUGGCUACAAGUGGUUUGCAUUUUUUAAGUACAAAAUAGAAGGCCAGAAUGUAACCAGCUACUGUAAUGAGACUUUACCAGGAUGGGUACAUGAUGUACUUGGCCACAAUUGGGCUUGUUUCAGUGGACAGAAGAUCUCUUCUUCUCCCUCAGAUGUUCACAUAAAUGACCUACCUCUCCAGAAGCCCAGGGGAAGACUUUCAAGCAGACGUUAUGUGCACAACUUGGAUUUUGUAAAUGCUAUCAAUGCUCACCAGAAGUCCUGGAGAGCAACAAGAUACAAAGAUUAUGAGAACUUUGCCCUAGAAGAACUAACUAGAAGAGCUGGGGGUGUCUAUUCCAGAGCUCCAAGACCAAAGCCUGCACCUCUAACGCCCGAGUUACUCAAAAAAGUUUCAAGCUUGCCAGAAUCUUGGGACUGGAGGAAUGUGAAUGGCGUCAAUUAUGUCAGCCCUGUUCGGAAUCAAGGCUCAUGUGGUAGCUGUUACUCAUUUUCCUCCAUGGGCAUGCUGGAAGCAAGAAUACGUAUCCUUACAAACAACACUCAAAAACCAAUCUUCAGUCCUCAGCAAGUCGUGUCUUGCAGCCAGUAUUCUCAGGGUUGUGAUGGUGGGUUUCCAUACCUUACUGCUGGAAAGUAUGUUCAAGACUUUGGUGUGGUGGAGGAAGACUGCUUCCCUUACACAGCCCAAGAUUCUCCAUGCACUUUCAAGCGCAGUUGUUACCACUACUACACUUCUGAGUACCACUAUGUGGGUGGUUUCUAUGGAGGCUGCAAUGAAGCUCUGAUGAAGCUAGAGCUUGUUCUUCAUGGGCCAAUGACUGUUUCCUUUGAGGUUUAUAAUGAUUUCAUGCUUUAUAAACAGGGGAUUUACCAUCACACUGGGCUGCAGGAUGAAUUCAAUCCUUUUGAAUUGACUAAUCAUGCCGUCUUACUGGUGGGCUAUGGUACAGACCCAGAAAGUGGUGAAAAGUUCUGGAUUGUGAAGAACAGCUGGGGCACCUCAUGGGGAGAAGAUGGUUACUUCAGAAUCCGCCGUGGCACUGAUGAAUGUGCAAUUGAAAGCAUUGCAGUGGCUGCAACUCCCAUUCCAAAAUUAUAAAUGCAGAGAUCUUCAUCCAGUGCCUUGUCCCCAGCCAUAAGAACAUACUGACUGUUAGAAAUUGAGGUCAAAUCUGUCCCCUAGCAUGAACGGGGAAGCUUUAUUAUGAAAAUUUUCAUUAGAGGAGUUUCCCUAAAUGAGGACAAAUCUUGUCAGAUCUGCUGUGUGUAUUGAGGGCUUCCCCUUAAGUCUGCCAGUAGGUCCCCUAGAAUGCAAUGGUUGUUGUGGUAACAGUGGCAAUACUUCUGCAUCAGUGGAUAUACAUCUUCAGUCACCAGUUGAAUUUUCUUCUGUGGGCUAUCUUGAACUUGAGAUCUGAGAGGGAAGGACAUGCUAUGACAAUCUGACUACUCUGAAAAGACACUGUAGUGCCUUCUGAGAAUUUGAGAAGUCAGUGCAAUUUAGAAGAUGCAUGUGUUGGGGAGGCAAUGGACAAUUACACUGAUUAAAGAGAAAUUUUAAAGUUUUAAGUGUCCUGAAAAGCUGCAUGUCAAACCCUUAUGACAAUAAAAAUCAAUUACAUUUCAGGCUGUUACUAAAUAUUCCAGUUUUGGAUUUUAUUGCUGUGCUUUGCAAUUGAUCAUCUCAAAGUUCAAUAAAAAUCACCCCACUCCUAUGGGA